CCUCCUCCUCCUCCUCUAUAUCGUCCAGAAAAAACUCUCACUCCCUCUCUCACUCUCCCCCUUAUAUAAAAACCCUAACAGCCAGAUAUUGUCCUAUUGCUAUCUCAAUUAAAAGAAAUACGCACGCCUCACCCUUAAAAUACGUUAUGGCAAGCAAAGAGCCCGAACAUGAGCAUAGAGAAGACGAAGAAGCUCCCGCCGCCGAUGAUGAAGAUACCGGAGCUCAAGUUGCCCCUAUUGUCAAGCUCGAGGAAGUGGCUGUUAGCACCGGCGAGGAAAAUGAAGAUCCCAUCCUCGAUCUGAAAUCGAAGCUCUAUCGUUUUGAUAAAGAAGGGAAUCAAUGGAAAGAGAGGGGCGCUGGUACUGUGAAGCUGUUGAAGCACAAAGAAACUGGAAAAGUUCGCCUUGUUAUGAGGCAAUCUAAGACUCUUAAGAUCUGCGCCAAUCAUCUAGUUUUGCCGACCAUGACGGUGCAGGAGCACGCUGGGAAUGAUAAAUCCUGCUUAUGGCACGCUCCUGAUUUUUCAGAUGGUGAAUUGAAAGAUGAACUUUUCUGCAUUCGAUUUGCAUCGGUUGAAAAUUGCAAAACAUUUAUGGAAAUGUUCCAAGAAGUGGCUGAAUCACAAAAAUCGUACGAGGAAAAUAAAGAUGCAUCUGCUGCUGCUGAGUCACUUGAGAAGUUGAGCGUUGAAGAAACGAAAGCUGAAGUUAAAGCUGGAGAGGAGAAGGCUGUUGCUACAAAGGAAGAGAAGGAAACAGAAAAACCAGAUGAGAAGAAAGAUGGGGAGACAGUUUCCUCUACCUGAAAGGCGUUUGCGUUUGUUUUCCAUGCCAUAAGGCUUUUGGAGAAUAUUGUGAGAUUUGUCAGUCACCUGAUUCAACACGUGUCUCCAAAUUAUUGGGGGUGAAACUAGAUACGUAAUAUAUGAGUUGGAGUGGUCGAGGUCCUUCGUGUCCUUAUAUUUGGGUUUGUGUCGAGGGUUGGUCAAACCCUGAGUCCUGUGUCAGUCAUGUUUGCAUGGUUAGAGGUGCGAUUGGGAUUUGGAUAAUGUGGAGGAGGAUUCAUUCAACUGGAAUUUUCCUGGUAAUAGUAUCAGCGUGUCAAUGAUGUAUUGCUGCUCUGACCAUACAUUGAAAGAUUUCUUGUUAUAGACUUUUUUUUAACC